CUUGCCUUCCUUCACUACACUCUCUUCUUAUUCUUCUUCUUUUUCUUCUUCUGUGUCUACGAGACUGGGAAGGAAAAAUCCUAUGAUUCAACUUGAAAUGGCGUCGUGCCAAGCGCGACCGUCUCUCGAAAUCCUCACCAGAGGUGGCUAUCAUGACGAGGUACUUAACGCCAUUCGGAAAGCCUUGCCUAACUGUCUAUCCGAAACGCAUCUUCAUGAAACCGUUCCUGGUCUCAAAUCCAAGACCAGAGGCAAGGUGAGGGAUAUCUACGAUGCUGGGGAUUAUCUCGUACUGGUCACUACCGAUCGCCAGAGUGCUUUUGACAGGGUUCUUGCUUCUAUUCCCUUUAAAGGCGAGGUUCUCAAUCAGACGAGUUUGUGGUGGUUUGGCAGGACGCAGCACAUCACUCCAAAUGCGGUGGUGUCUGCUCCCGAUAAAAAUGUUACAAUUGCAAAGAAAUGCUCAGUUUUUCCGGUUGAGUUUGUCGUUAGAGGUUAUAUAACUGGAAGCACCGACACGUCAUUAUGGACUGUAUACAAAAAGGGCGACAGAGAAUAUUGUGGCAAUGUACUCCCUAAUGGGAUGGUGAAAAACCAAAAGCUACCUGCAACUAUACUCACACCAACAACUAAGGCUUCUUCUCAUGAUAUUCCUGUAACUCCCAGUGAGAUAGUUGAACUAGGUCUCAUGACGCAAGCUGAAUAUGAUGAAGCAAGCAGGAAAGCGUUCAGCUUAUUUGAAUAUGGACAGCGUGUAGCUAUGGAACAUGGCCUGAUCUUAGUAGACACAAAGUAUGAAUUUGGAAAGGCACCUGAUGGUACAAUUCUUUUAAUCGAUGAGGUGCAUACCCCUGAUUCAAGCAGAUAUUGGAUUGCACAAUCGUAUGAGGAGCGCUUUCAAAAUGGGCUUGAACCACAAAAUGUUGACAAGGAAUUCUUAAGGUUGUGGUUUAAAGAACAUUGCAAUCCAUAUGAAGACGAGGUUCUCCCUGAUGCCCCUGAAGAACUUGUUUGCGAACUUGCUUGGCGAAGAUAUCUUAUGUUGUAUGAGACCAUCACAAACUCAAUUUUUGAGCCACCACAAGAAGAGGAGCCAAUACAUGACCGGAUAUCUCGGAAUGUCUCACUGGCACUGUCAUCACUACAGCAAUGAACAUGUAAGCCAUGAACAGUUCUACCAGAUUCCCUUGUAGAGCUUCUCAGUUUUGCCUGAGCUCCAAUCUGGAAUUGCCGUAACCAAUUUUCUCUGUGUCAGUCAGUAACUUCAAGUGCAAGUUAUGAUAUUGGAUAGGUGAAACAACCAAUCGCCCAUCUGCACUUAAGUAGACAGACUUCAUUUUAGUUUCAUAGACAAGCAGUUAUAGAAUUUUUAAGCCUCAGCCUUAACAACA